AUGUUUGCAUAUAAUGGAUGUUGGUUAGUAUGGGAAGAGAAACAUGCUGGAAUUUCUGUUGGUGGAAAUGUGCGCGGAAUUGAAGUAUGUGUUAUUCGAUUAUUAUUACAAGUAAUGAAGUCUGAAUACGUCAUCGACACAGAAGACUUUAAUAUCCAGAUUGAUGUCUCUAAUUGUGCAUAUCACGUACAUUUAGGCAUUCCGAAUUCAACGUUGAGACAUUGUUUCCUGGUAAUUUCGAUUAAUGAAGCAUCAUAUUCUCCCGUAUACGUACCCGGACGUUUCUUACGCGCAAAGCAGAUUAAAGACUAUUUGGAGCAACUGCAUGCAUCUGAGAGGAGAGAAGUACAGGAUCAAAGAGAAGGUGAAAAAUGGAUGAAUGUGCAAACAUUGAACGCGCAAAAUCUUCUCGUCGAAGUGCAAAACUGUCUUAUUGUCUUAUUGUUGCUGUUGUAG